AUGACCACCCCAAAGAGACUGGAAAAUCAAAUUUGGAAGAUGGAAGUCUGUGGCAACUUGAACAAAGUCACAGGAACAGGUGGGAGGGAUCAAGCAAGACAUUGGGUGGAUAAAAUGGCUCCGCAUGCACAGAGCUGGCAGCAUGUUAACCUGAGGAAGAUUCAGGAGGAUCAAAAGCGAAUCAGUCAGAUUGAAAGAGACAAUAAGAAGCUCCUUGAGAACCUUGCUGCCAUCCAACGAGGGCCGGCAAGGGUGGAUUGUUGGAAUAAAUGCUUUUACAGAAGGUCAACAAGCGAUAAACAGAACAGGAAAAUAAUGACCGUCACGGUGGAAAAUCACGGACUCCUGAAAAGGCUUGCUAACAGUAAGCCUACCUAUGAUCAAAAGAAGUUUGAAAUGGAAUGGCAGAACACGAGACACUUUAAAUAGACUGCCAAACAAUGCUGCAUCUCCUCCCAAGAGACUGAGGUAUGUUUUUAUACAUCAGGUGCCAUUUCCUAAAAACAAAGAAGCU